AUGAUUGACAAAAUACUGGUUUGGAACGUGCGGGGGUUGGGCACGUCUAAAAGAAGACUGAGGAAUCUGAUAAGGAAAUAUAAACCAUCGGUUUUAGCACUUUUUGAACCUUUUGCUGCUGAGGAGGUGAUGGUGUACUGGGCGAAUGUUUUUGGAUAUCCAUCUUACUGUGCCAAUGAAGCUAUGGGAGGGAAGAUUUGGGUAUUCUGGAUUGAGGAGUUGACAUUUGAAAUGCAAGGUAUGUCAAAUCAGAUGAUUUUCGGUUGCUUUAGCAAGGGAGAUGUAAGUAUUAAUCUGGUUUUAGUUUAUGCAAAAUGUAAUCCCAUGGAAAGAAGGUUGCUUUGGCAAGAUAUGGAGGCAAUGCGAGAUGAUCGUAUUCCAUUAUUGGUGGUAGGUGAUUUUAACAUUAUCCGAGAUGAUCGAGAAUGUAUUGGGGGUAAUCCUAGACCUCUGUCUGCUACGUCGGAGUUUAAUUCCUGUAUACACAACUGUGGUCUAGUGGAGAUGACAGGUUAUGGAGGAAAAAUGUUUCCGUAUGGGUGUAUGGAGUAUCUAAAGAGGAAGACAUCGGAUCAUUGUCCAAUGUUAAUCAAGCUUGCCGUGGAGUCCCAGAGGUAUGGCCCGGCUCCUUUUCGGUUUCAAAGUAUGUGGUGCACUCAUGAGAAGUUUCUUCAGUGUGUGGAGGAGGUAUGGAGAGAACCGAUUUCUGGGAAUGGGUUAGUAUGCUUGGCAGCAAAAUUGAAGAAGUUGAAGCCGGUGCUUAGGAAGUGGAAUCAGGAGAUUUUUGGCCGAGUCAAUCAGUCAAUAAAGGAGUUAGAGGCUAAAGUGGAACUUCUGGAAAUUCAGUUGCAAGAAAGUCACGAAACAGAUUUAGAGAAUGAGUAUAUGCAGACAAAAGCUGAAUUAGAGAGGUGGGAAAACAGGGAAGAGAUCCGGUUGUCUCAACAGGCCAAAAAGAGAUGGCUCAUGGAUGGGGACCGUAACUCCAAGUUUUAUCAUGCUGCGGUCAACCAACGGAGGAAGGCUACUGCAGUUUCACGAAUGACACUACCCAAUGGAGUUGUUCUGGAGUCUCGGGAGGAUAUUCAUAAUGCAGCAGUGAGCCAUUUUCAGAAUUUCCUCACCGGGGAGGGACUUGCGGGAGAGCCAGAUUUAAAUGGGUUAAUUACUCCGGUGGUGAAUGUGAAGGAAAAUUAG